UUCUUCUUCCCCCGGGACCUGAUCGCAAACCUCUUGUGUUUCAGACACUUAGUUGAUCGCAUCAUGGGCGAGAAAGGGCAAUUUUUCCACUAUCCGGAGGUCCGGCCGGGACCCGCAGUGCCGUACAAGAACGAGGACCAGGUGAUUCCGGUCUUCCGCGGCACUCCCUUGGCCAUCGGAGCUACCCUUAUCCAGAAUGUUGGCCUCAUUCAGAGUUACUUCUGGCGCAAUGCCGGGUUCGACGUCAUCCGUAACCUCCCCCUCGAUCAGUACUCCGCCCGAUAUGAUCCUACCGUGAUCCCCGUCGCCAACCCCGAUCUCUCCCUUGCCAACCUGCCCAUUCCCACCCAGAAGCGGAAGGGAAACGCAGGCUACUAUACCUCCGCCGACUAUGUCGCUCGCUACGAGUCUGGGGAAUUGACUCCCACCGCCGUCGUCGAGACCUUGCUUCCCCUGAUCCGCCGCGAUGCCAACCGGCCCGGCAAGCACUCGGUCGCCUUUCUAGAUGCGAAAGCCGAGAGGAUCCGCGCUGCAGCAGAAGCCUCUACCCAGAGAUACAAAGACGGCCGCCAGCUGGGCCCCAUGGAUGGCAUCCCCGUUGCGGUCAAGGACGAAGUGCACAUGGAGGGCUAUCGGCGGACACUGGGAAGUAAGAUUGACUUCACCGGGGAGUUUGGUGGUACCUCCUGGUGUGUGAAGAAAUGGGAGGAAGCCGGGGCCAUCGUAAUUGGGAGGACCACGAUGCACGAGCUGGGCCUAGACACCACCAACAAUAACCCGAACUACGGCACCCCCAAAAACCCCCACAACCCCAACUACUACUGUGGCGGCUCCUCAGGAGGAUCCGCAUACGCCGUCGGUGCAGGCCUGGUGCCCAUCGCCCUGGGCGCCGACGGUGGCGGCUCAAUCCGUAUCCCGUCCUCCUUCUGCGGAGUCUGGGGUCUCAAGCCUUCUCACAGCCGAGUCAGCGGUUCUCCCACCGUCUCACUCGCCACAACCGUGGGCGUCUACGGGCCUAUCGCCGCUAGCAUCGACGACCUGGCACUUGCCUACCGCAUCAUGGCCGCGCCCGCUCCAACAGCGGAAGAUCCUCUCUCAGCGGCCUUCCCGCCGCCUCUCCUCGAGCUCGCCGCGGCCGAAUCCAGAACGACCCCACGACCCAAGACCAUCGGCAUCGUGCGAGACUGGAUCGACCGGGCUGAACCCGCCGUCCGCGUCGUCUUCGAUGCAGCCCUGGACUACUACGUCAAAGAACAAGGCUACACCAGCAUCGACAUCAAGAUUCCCUACCUCCCCGAAGGCCAACGCGCGCACGUCCUCACGAUCAUGAACGAAAUCGCCUCAGCGCUCACCCCCGACCAAAUCAGCCAACUCACCGCCCCCAACAAAGUCCUCGUAUCCAUGGGCAUGUGGCAAAUCACAGGCCAGGACUUCCUGGCCUCCCAGCGCCUCCGCAACUGCCUGAUGACCCACCUCGCCUACCUCUUCCAGCAACAUCCCGGCCUCUUAAUCCUCAGCCCAACCACCCCAAUCCCGGGCUGGAGGAUCGAAGGCGGCGAAGCCGAUCUCGCCCGCGGCGUAUCCGACGGCAAAUCCUCCGUCCGGAACAUGGAAUACGUCUGGCUAGCCAAUUUCACCGGCUGUCCUGCAAUCAACUGUCCCGCUGGGUAUCACGCGCGGGAUGGAUCCCGAGUCCCGAUUGGACUAAUGGCGAUGGGCGAAUGGGGUAGCGAGGAGGAUUUGAUUGCGUUCGCAAGAGACGGCGAGGCCAUUCUGGAUUUACCCGGGGCUCGGUCUGAUGAUGCGGAAGAGCAGAGCUCAGGACUGACGGUUCCCCGGGGUGAGAAUGCGGUGUGGGAGGAUGUUAUUUCCCAGGCUUUGGAAAGGACUACUGCUGCUACUAGCUCUUAGUGGGGUUGGGUCUGCAUGUAUGUGACUUGUAUUCUUUAUGCUUUUUUCUCGGGUCAGGGUUAUCUUUGGGUACGGAGCAGUGUUAACAUGAUGCAUUUAUGUUGUGGAUUAUAUCAUUGCGUGCGGUUCUUGAUCCUUGGGUAUCAUGUAUAAGGGUAUGCGGGAAUUCGGUUACUUUUUUCUCCCUUCUCUGCAGUAAUCGAGAUA